AUGCCAUUUGCAGGCGAGGAUUGUGAACCAGACUCUGACCUGGUGAUAGUGGAAGAUACAGAACCAAACUUGUCCGCUGCACGCGGAAAACCUUUACGGGCAAGUUCGUCGCAGAGGUCUUCAGACCUUACCUUUUGCAAGGUGUCUGCAAACGCAUUCCGGCACAUGACUUUGCAGGGAAAUAAACCUCAGCCGUUUGAUCUUCACCUGCAACGCUUUCAACUUCACGAGUUGAAAGAGGCAGAGGCGGUGUUGCUGCCAGGACCCCCUGAUUCUGGAGAGGUCUGCAGCUUGCACAACUGCAAUUUCAAGGACUUGGCGGAUUCAUUCCGGUUAUGGAGCUCCGAAGCUGUUCACAUUCUCCCCAUGAGUCAACUGCAGGAAGAAGCGGAAGACUUGCUACUGAGAAUGGCUCAUGCAGGAGCUUUUUCCACAAGCUACUAUCUCCCAGGACCUGCCCCGGACGAAUUGAGAGAAUUGAUGAUGCGCGGCUAUGUGGUUCAGGACAGAUCUUUCCAUGAGCACUACAGGAUGUCGCGGGCAGGCUCCGAUCUGAUACACGCGGCAAUCAAAGUUUCCUACCCGAAAACGGUGGCAGAACAUGUGGAUGAUUAUGCUAUCCGAUUGGGCCUUCCUUUGGAGAAGCGCACCAAGAUUGAGUUGCUCAUGACCUUGCUCCGCCAAGGAUGGCAACAAGUUUCAGAACAAGAUGCCGGCACAUGCUUUGCUGCGGGGGGGGCAAAAUGUUUUUGCGUGGGCCCGCCGCUGCACCAUGAGUACUUGCAUUUGCUAUUGCUCUCUUCGGAUGCUUUUUCCAAAGGAUUGGGUCGCAUCUUCCAUGGCCAGAUCAAAAAGUAUUAUGAGCUUUGCCUUGACUUGCUGAAGGAAGACCCCAAUGGUCAACUCAAGACAGUCCUGCCUGGCAAGUCUGCUCGGUACUAUAUGGAUUUGAAACAGCAGAACCGACGAGGCCAAAAACGCACUCAGCCACAUCAGUCCGUUGAGAACGGGGCAGAAGAAUCCGAGAUGGAAAUAGAAGUCAACUUGUCAGGAUCCAACAGACAUAGCAUCGAGAUGGCGCCGCCUCAGAAAAAGGAACGGUUGUCUAGCGACAAGCGACCAAGCUCCCGAACCAAAUUUCAACCUGAUGUGCGUCAAGGCCUUGGACGCCGUCAGCCCUCAAGUGUGCUUGGGGAAAGCCGUGAAGAUGUGCAGUGUGAAGCCAGCGACGAUGAGAGGAGCAUUAGCAAGUCCAGCUGUAGUGACAAUCUUGGCAGUAUUGGAAGUUCAGAAGCUGCAAGUGGCUGCCAGGUUGGCGCAAUGUCUGAUGGCAUGGAGCCUGUCACUGUGAUGUUGGGAAUGAGAGAGCCUGCCCAUGCAAGAUGUAUCUCUGGCAGUGGCGAGCCCUCUGCAGAGGUGAGCCAUCAUGAUGAUGAAGCAACAUGUGCUGCAGGCGCAUACUCUCCUCGUCCAUGCCCCCCCACGCCAGAUGCGAGCAAUGCCACGGGGGAUGGCAAAUGUGAGAAUGAAGAUGAUUCGUCCAGCACUUUGCUUGGUUCUGUCUGCAUAAGUGCAUCCAUGCCACAGCAAGAAGCCGACCUUGAAUUUGAAAGAGAAGAGCAGCUGGUUGCAGAAAACAUUGACAAAGCCUCUGUUGAGGGCGAGGCAACGGAUGCGGGCGUGUCUGGUGAUGGACAGUCCAUGCCUCCAACGGAUGGGAAAAAUUCUGGGGUUGAGGCCCUGUCCACAGCAAGUUCCUCUUCUGCUGCGGCAAGCUCUGUGCCUGCAUCAUCAAGCCGAUUGCCCCAACCGAAAAUGCACUCGAAGCUAGCAGCUCAGCGCACCAAGCAGAAUCAGCCCAAGGACAAGAUUUCUCAACCUCUUCGUGGAGGUCUGGCAUACUCCGAUCCCCCAAUGUCAACGAUACCAUCCUCCAUCUUUGACGAGUCAACGAUCUGGUUUGGAUCAAUUGCCUGCGUGAAGCGCAAUGACAAAGCCAACGCCACUAGGGUGUAUAAGGAAAAAUGA